CAGUUACCAUGGAGACCGGUAGUAACACCAGUUGUAAACCCAAGGCCAAGAGACCAUGGCCACGUUAGCCCGGCUGCAAGCUAGGUCGUCGACUGUAGGACGUCAGUACUACUUUAGAAACAGUGUUGUAGAUCCAUUUAGAAAAAAGGAGAAUGAUGCAGCAGUUAAAAUCCAAAGCUGGUUUCGAGGAUGUCAAGUUCGGGCAUAUAUCAGGCAUUUAAACAGGAUUGUAACAAUUAUUCAAAAAUGGUGGAGAAGUUUCUUAGGCAGAAAGCAGUAUCAACUAACUGUGCAGGUAGCAUAUUAUACUAUGAUGAUGAAUCUCUACAAUGCCAUGGCUGUCAGGAUUCAGAGACGAUGGCGAGGUUAUAGAGUUCGGAAAUACCUCUUUAAUUAUUAUUAUUUGAAAGAGUACCUAAGGGUCGUUUCAGAGACCAACGAUGCAAUUAGGGAGGCACUGGAGGAGUUUGCAGAAAUGAAAGAAACAGAAGAGAAGAAGGCUAACCUCGAAAGGGAAGAGAAGAAAAGAGAUUACCAAGCCCGAAAGAUGCAUUACCUCCUCAGCACAAAGCAGAUUCCAGGAAUAUACAAUUCACCCUUCAGAAAAGAGCCUGAUCCAUGGGAGUUGCAAUUACAAAAGGCAAAGCCUUUAACACACCGAAGACCUAAAGUUAAGCAGAAGGACUCCACCAGCCUUACUGAUUGGCUAGCUUGUACAAGCACCCGUUCUUUUCCUCGGUCUGAAAUUCUACCACCUAUUAAUAGAAAGCAAUGUCAGGGGCCCUUCCGAGAUAUCACCGAAGUAUUAGAACAACGCUACAAGCCUUUGGAGCCAACGUUGCGGGUGGCAGAACCAAUCGAUGAGUUAAAGUUGGCCAGAGAGGAGCUCAGAAGAGAGGAACGGCUGCGAAAUGUAAAUGACAAUAUGUUUUUGCCAUUUUCUUCAUACCAUAAAAAAGAAAAGUACAUCCCAUCAAUGCAUUUAUCAAGCAAGUAUGGUCCUAUUUCUUACAAAUUCCGAAGUGAAAAUCCUAAGAAAUGGAUCUGUGACAAGGAUUUCCAGACUGUAUUACCAUCAUUUGAGCUCUUCUCAAAGUAUGGAAAAUUAUACUCAAAAGCUGGACAGAUUGUAUAAAGGUGUCAAAAGAAGAAACUGAAGCCAUCUGCAUUUUAAAACUUAACAGUUCUGAAAGGAAAACACAGAUGAAGAUCCUGUAGGAAAUAUACUUGCUAUGAUUCAAUAAACUAUAAAAUUUUG